AUGGGCGUAAGGUGUGAAGCAUGCAGAUUAAAUAUAAAUGUUACACAAAAACGAAUAAAAUGCACACAAUGUUCGCAUAAUUACCAUUCAGAGUGCAUAAAUUUUAAUAAUGAUACUGCUUCAAGAUCUGAAUGGAAGUUUCCCGCUUGCAUUGCUUCUUGUCGAAAAGGUGGUGACAACAGUAACACUCUGAUACGCUCUAAUAAGUCUCCUUCUAAAAUCGUUCACGAUAAAACUAUGAUUAGACCAUCAAACAAAAGUUCCGACCAACCAACACCUAUCACUGAGACAAGUAGUUGCCAACCAUAUAAUUUGGAAUUAAUUAAUAGCAUAGAGUUACUGUUAGACAAAAAACUCAGUGCUAUAAAAUUCGAUAUAAUUCAAGAGUUGAAAUUAUCACUUAUCACGGAAAUAAAAAAUGAAAUAACUAGUAACCUUAAACAGCUGGAAGAAUCGCAUAACAGUUUGCUAAAUGACUACAACAAUCUCAAAAGGCUACGCAAAACCAAAGGAAUUACUACUUCUGAUAUUGAACUAGGUGGUCCAGCCAAAAGGUUUUUUGUUAAUGAACACUUGACCCCUGAGAAUAAGCAACUCUUGAAGACAGUAAAAUCACGAGCAAUGGCCAAAUCAUACAAGUUUGUCUGGGUGAGAAACUGCCACAUUUUUUUAAGGAAAAACGAGGAGUCUCCUGUUAUCACUAUAAAUUCCGUAAAAGAUUUAUUAAAAAUUGUAUGA